AUGGAGGGAGCUCAUGGGGGCGCCUCGUCCUCUAAAGCGGGUUUACUGCUGCAGCGCUCAGGUGUACAUACACCUCAAAAAACCAGAACUGUCAAAAGCAAACCAAGAGCACAAGCAGCAGCAGCUAGAGAGCCACUUGUAAAUAAUCUGUUUGACGAAAGAAAAGAAAAACAAAUGCCCCAGACGGAGCAUGGAGGGCAUUACCUGCAGCAGCAGCAGCAGCAGCAGCAGCAGCUGCAGCAGCUGUCAGCGCAGCGUCAGGAGCAGCAGCAGCAGCAGCAAAGCAAGGAGCCUUACCGCGCGCACGCGCACUACCUGCACCACUCUCCGCAGCAGCAGCAGCAGCAGCAGCAGCAGCAGCAGCGGCUCAGCCGCUUCUGCCUGGGAUCGCUUGGGAUCGAUCCCCCCGUCAGCCCCGAAAAGUCCCCGCGGGAUUCCAUUCGAGUCGCCGAGGCCCUCAGCCCCUUCCCCCCCGGCAUUCGCUUCGACAAGUCCACCUUCAGGUGCGCUGGGAUCGCUGGGAUCGAGUGUGGGGUGCAGCGGGACCGCUGGGAUCGAGUGUGGGGUGCAGCGGGACCGCUGGGAUCGAGUGGGGGUGGAAAGAGGGGAUCGAGUGUGGGGUGCCCUGGGAUCGUUGGGAUCGAGUGUGGGGUGGGGUGGGGUCGAUGGGAUCGAUUGUGGGGUGCCCUGGGAUCGAUGGGAUCGAGUGGGGGGGGCCCUGGGAUCGAGUGCCCUGGGAUCGAUAGGAUCGAGUGUGGGGUCGGGUGGGAUUGA